CCAUUUUCCUCCUCUACGCCGGAGCUUGGUGGUCAUAGCGUAGUUUCGCGGAGUUUAAAGCUGUCCAGGGGUGACUUUUGGAUAGAAGACCACCCCGCAACGAYCCCACUCUCUCUCUCGCACAUAAAGAAAAGAAAUUAGCUCGCCGUGUAGCUCUACCGCCCCRGGAGAGAAGAGCGAGAAUGUCGUCUGAAGGCAGCCCCGAGUACUCGCCUUUCUUCGCUGUGAUGGGAGCCUCUGCGGCCAUGGUCUUCAGCGCACUAGGAGCGGCAUAUGGGACGGCAAAGAGCGGCACAGGCAUCGCUGCCAUGUCUGUGAUGCGACCAGAGCUCAUCAUGAAGUCCAUCAUCCCCGUCGUCAUGGCCGGUAUCAUCGCCAUCUACGGGCUGGUGGUAGCUGUGCUGAUAGCAAAUAACAUCUCUGAGAAUGUCACUCUUUACAAGAGCUUCCUGCAUCUCGGGGCCGGUCUGAGCGUGGGGCUGAGCGGUCUGGCGGCCGGAUUUGCCAUCGGCAUCGUGGGCGACGCCGGAGUGCGGGGCACCGCUCAGCAGCCUCGGCUCUUCGUGGGCAUGAUCCUGAUCCUGAUCUUCGCUGAGGUGCUGGGUCUCUACGGCCUCAUCGUGGCCCUCAUCCUGUCCACAAAAUAAGUGUCUCCAUCCAUCGCCCGUCUCAUUCAUUCCACAUCCGAGCGGCAAGAACAAACAGGAGACCUUCACCUUCUUCCAUGACACCCUGUGGAUCUGACAGGAUGGGAUGGCAGCAGAAAUAAUGUUGGCGGUCGCCUUUCUGACAGCUUCGUUCUCAGUAGAUGUGAUCCAUUUCAUAUUGUUUGAAGCCAUGCGGUUGUGUCAGGUCUUGUGCGUGCAGAACGGGCAUGAACAUGUACUGUUUGUUGUGAGAUGAUGUGUGGACAGUCUGCCUGAUAUAUCGUCUAAUCUUAAAACUGUACAGUGAUCCAGAGUCCUCCCACCCUCAGUAAAUGUAGUAACCAGUCUGUGAUGUGAGUGAGUAUCAACGGUUACCCCCCUUCCUUUGGGUUCUUGUCUUAAGUUGGUGGUUUUUAAUCGUCAUUCUUUGUUUUGAGACUGCUGAAAACUUGUGCACACUAGUAUUUUAUUUUUUCAUGUUCUUUUCUGGGACCAUUUUUGAGCUUUUUUUUCACUAUUUAUGGAAAGUUAUGAAGAUUUUGAAACUGUCUAAAUGGAAUACCCUAUAUACAUAAAAUAUAUAAAUUAUCUGUGUAUAGUUAGAUUAUUUGCACUGUGGGUUAUUGUUCUAAGUGCUCAGAAUUCCUCUGGAUAUCGUGUGAAUAUUACUGGAGGAUGUUCACAUGGAGUUCACACAGUGUGUGUGUGUGUGUGUGUGUGUGUGUGUGUGUGUGUGUGUGUGUGUGUGUGUGUGUGUGUGUGUGUGUGUGUGUGUGUGUGUGUGUGUGUGUGUGUGUGUGUGUGUGUGUGUGUGUGUGAGAUAUUUGAGUGCAGUAUGUGUGUAAGUGGAUUCAUGUUUGAUAUGACAUUCUCAGACACUAGUAUUGUUUACCUGUAGUGCUGCUGUCUUUAUUUUUAUUUUAUUUGGUUGUAUUUUUGUUGUUUAAAGUGAGAGCUCACUGUUCAGCCAUGCCUGUCAGAUUUCCAAAUAAAACUCAACCUCCUCCAAAACCUC